GACGCCCACAGUCUAGCUUCUUCUCUCCCAAGAAAUACCCACACAAAACCACUACUCCAACACACACAAACGGUCAGAUCCGGCCGCCCCCAAACUCCCCAAGACAAGCACACAGAGACCAAAUCCUCUCUAGGGUUUUACUCCCGCGCCGCCGUCCUAAAAUCUCCCCACCCAAAAGGCGACCAUGGCCGGCAGUCCCGCGGCGGUGAAGUUCCUGACCAACAUCGCCAAGGCGGCGGCUGGGCUCGGCGUCGGGGCCUCCCUCCUCUCGGCGUCGCUCUACACCGUCGAUGGCGGCGAGCGCGCCGUCGUCUUCGACCGGUUCCGCGGUGUGCUGCCGGACACCGUCGGCGAGGGCACCCACUUCAUCGUGCCCUGGCUCCAGAAGCCCUACAUCUUCGACAUCCGCACGCGGCCGCACAACUUCUCCUCCAACUCCGGCACCAAGGACCUGCAGAUGGUAAACCUCACGCUCCGCCUCCUCUCCCGCCCCGACGUCGCCAACCUGCCCACCAUCUUCACCUCCCUCGGCCUCGAGUACGACGACAAGGUCCUCCCCUCCAUCGGCAACGAGGUGCUCAAGGCCGUCGUUGCGCAGUUCAACGCCGACCAGCUCCUCACCGACCGCCCCCACGUCUCGGCGCUCGUCCGCGACUCCCUCAUCAAAAGGGCCCGCGAGUUCAACAUCAUACUCGACGACGUCGCCAUCACUCACCUCUCCUACGGCAUCGAGUUCUCCCUGGCCGUGGAGAAGAAGCAGGUCGCGCAGCAGGAGGCCGAGCGGUCUAAGUUCCUCGUCGCCAAGGCAGAACAGGAGAGGCGUGCCGCUAUCGUGCGUGCUGAGGGAGAGAGUGAGUCUGCACGGCUCAUUUCUGAGGCCACGGCCAUCGCUGGGACUGGACUGAUCGAGCUGAGGAGGAUCGAGGCUGCCAAAGAGAUCGCAGCGGAGCUCGCUCGCUCGCCGAAUGUUGCCUACAUCCCCUCUGGUCAGAACGGCCAAAUGCUGCUUGGUCUCAACGCUGCCGGGUUUGGCGGCCGGUGAUUUAGCACUCCCGUUUUACUCCUUUAUCAGUUGCCCAAACAGGUGUCUUGCGUUAUGAGGGACUAAAACUAUGGUUUGGAGAACAAUGAUAUCUGUUAUUCUAGGUGGCAUUAUGUUUGAGUGCCAUGGGACGAAAUGUGGUAGUCUUUUGAUCCAAAUAAGGUCUGGGUCUGGAUAUCUCGUAUGAUUUGUCGGAUUAAGCUUUCUGGUGUUGUGGAAUCUGCAUGCUGCUUAUGCUUAUAAUGUUUGCUUGUUUCGAUUUAUCGUUCUUAAUGUCACAGGGUUGUAUGUUUGAUUUUGUAGUUACUUAACUAAUGUUGCCUUAUUGCAGUUCGGUCAA